CCGCCCCCUCCCGCCGGGACCCGUCGCAGCCGCCAGCGCCCCCGACCCGCGGUCACCAUGUGUGACCGCAAGGCCGUAAUCAAAAAUGCGGACAUGUCGGAGGAGAUGCAGCAGGACUCCGUGGAGUGUGCCACCCAGACCCUGGAGAAGUAUAGCAUAGAGAAGGACAUCGCAGCCCAUAUCAAGAAGGAGUUUGACAAGAAGUAUAACCCCACCUGGCACUGCAUUGUGGGGAGGAACUUUGGCAGCUACGUGACGCAUGAGACGAAGCACUUCAUCUACUUCUACCUGGGCCAGGUUGCCAUUUUCCUUUUCAAGGCUGGUUAGAG